UGAACACAUUGAGACGUUUGAUGCGCAAUUGGAUCAGCACAGAAGAACGACAGGUAGAUCGUUAUCAAAGAUUUGUCUGAUAAAAUCACAUUGAGAAAAACUAUCAAAGAAUUGCGCAAUGCAUGAUGGAUUAUUACUGAAGUUUUAAACGCUUUUUAUCUUAAGAGCUUUUAUCUUUAAGAAAACUGAAAGGAAAAGAAAUCAAUUAGCGGUCAACGAUUUUUAGUAGCAGUUGGACUUAUAAGAUUUUAUCAUUGUCAGUUGUACCUAAUUUGAUACACUCUUGGGAAGUUAAAGUCCUCUUUGGAAGUUAUAAUCUUGCUCUAGGGCACGAAGAAUGAAGAAACACGUGCAUUCGACGCAUAUUAGAUUUAAGAAAUACAUAUCAUUCAAGAUUUUGUGAAUAGAAAACAGAGGCAGUGAUAUUAUAAGAUUUUACUAUCAUGAAUUGGAUUUCUAUAUGAAAUAAGCCUAUUUAAAUAUGACACAACAGUAUUCCAUGUUGGAUAUUUAUGUACUAUGUACAGUAUUGGUAGUUAUGGUUGGAUAUAACUGUAACGGAUAUACAUAUCCAAGAUUUGACACUCGACCACUAAACGUUACAGCUGUAGCCGGACAAAUGAAAAUUUUGCCUUGUGCAGUUGAAAACCAGCAGAAUUAUACGGUCGCCUGGAUGAAUCCGAAGAAAAUUUUAAUAUCUCAAGGGGAUAGAAGAUUAAUGGACGAUAUACGGAUGGAUAUAGAUCGAUCCACCAUUCCUGACUGGAAUCUCCUAAUUCGCCAAGUACGAUAUAGCGACCAUGGAAUGUAUACAUGUACCCUCAACACUAAACCAGUUCUGGUAAAACGUAUUUAUUUAACAGUGUUAGUACCCCCAGACAUCAACGAGUACUGGUCGAGCUCUAAUCAAGUUGUACGAGAAGGCUCAACAAUUCAACUAACUUGUAACGCGACUGGAAAACCUCAGCCAGAAAUUUUGUGGUUUAGAAAAACUGUGUAUAGUAAAAUAGAGAAAAAAGAAGCCUUAGGUAACCCUGGAGAAAUAUUAGUGAUACACAAUAUAUCAAGAAACUGUGACGGAACAUAUGAAUGUGUAGCAUCUAACGGAAUCGGGAACGAUGUCUCCAAAGAAAUAUAUGUUGAUGUGCAGUUUCCACCUGAAGUGCAUCUUUUAAAUAAGAAGAUAAGUCAACGUGUGGGGAAAGAAACAAUUUUAUCAUGUAUCAUUUCUGCGUCACCGCAAGCAGUUGGAAUAUGGUACAAAGGAAAGGCACCUGUCGAACAACGCUGGGAUAUACGGACAAAUGUUUAUGAAGACGAACCACAUACUCUUACACUUAAUUUAAGAAUAAUGAGCCUUGAAGAAAAAGACUUUGGUCAUUAUACUUGUGAAGCAUCAAAUGAAUUAGGUGGAGAUAGUGAAACCAUGUUUUUAUAUGAAGAAAAAGCCCGAACAACGACACCUUUUGCUCAUUUUACAGAAGAGAUCGUAUCCGUAGCUGCAGUACCAGACCAAUCUAUACAUAAUGGUAGAAAUAAAUACCCAUACAAAAAAGACAACAAAGAAUACCUGCAAGACAUUCCGAAAGACCCCGUGUAUCAGUAUGCUGGUGGGAACGGAUCCUCUAGAAACCAUUUACAAUUUCUCUGUUUACUGUUGUGUCUAUCAUUGGUAUUAACUGCUGGAUUAUAAAAUUAAAUGUCGCUUAAUGACGAAUCAAUCAUACAAUCAAAAUGUUUACUUCAUGGAUAGAAAUGUG